AGUUUAUCAUCAAUGCCGACUGUAACGCUCUCAUAAUAUUAAUAUCUUCUUCUUCUUCUUUCUCAACUUUUCCGAUUAUUUAAUCUCGCCGCCGGACAACUCUUCUUAGAUUCCGGCGACGUAACAGGAACAGAAACAAACAUGGUGAGUUUUGAUGGAGAUGGUAGCAAGAGACAAGGUAAGAGCAUCAGCAAACCGAGAAAGAGGUCUUGUGGAUGUGAGAAAGAUGACUUUUUACCAGAAGAAUCAUUCAAAAGCUGGUCAAACUAUGGUAAAGCCUUGCUGGAAACCAAAACUCGUCUAAAAGACCGUUUUCUGGCCCGAUCGUCGGACCAACUUGAGCUCCAUGAUAUGAAAGCACGAAGCCAGAAUGAACUGAAAAAGACCCUUAACUGGUUUGAUCUCAUAUGGUUUGGCAUUGGAGCUGUAAUGGGUGCUGGAGUUUUCGUUCUCAGUGGUGAAGCAGCCCAUGAUUUAGCCGGGCCAGCUGUUCUAAUAUCCUAUCUCAUUUCGGGCUUUGCUGCUUUACUCUCGGUCCUCUGCUACACCGAGUUUGCAGUUGAACUCCCUGUGGCUGGUGGCUCGUUCGCCUACUUGAGAGUCGAGCUCGGUGAUUUUGUAGCUUAUAUAGCUGCAGGAAACAUCCUUUUUGAAUAUGUUGUAACCGGAGCCAGCGUGGCCCGUUCAUGGACCUCGUAUUUUGCAACCUUAUGCAACCAUGACCCUAAUGAUUUCCGGAUCAAGGUGACAUCUUUAAAAGAGGGUUUUGACCACUUAGACCCGAUAGCAGUGGGUGUCUCGAUACUCAUUUGUUGUAUAGCGUCGUACAGCAUCAAGGGCUCAUCACGGUUCAAUUCGAUUGCCACAAUACUCUACCUGACUCUAAUGGUUUUCAUGCUUGUGGCAGGAGCUACGAAAGCAAACAUAUCCAAUUUUCAACCUUUUGCACCUUUUGGGGUUCGGGGUGUUCUAAAAGCUUCAUCUGUGCUUUUCUUCGCGUAUGUCGGGUUUGAUGGCGUGGCUACAUUGGGUGAAGAGACCAAGAACCCGGGUCGAGAUAUACCGGUUGGUCUUGUGGGGUCAAUGAUGGUUGUCAUAACUAUUUAUUCACUUUUAGCAACUGUUUUAUGCCUGAUGCAGCCAUACAACCAGAUUGACCGAGAUGCACCGUUCUCAAUAGUGUUCCACGCCGCUGGUAUGAAUUGGGCUAAAUAUAUAGUCGCAUUAGGCGCGCUACAGGGAAUGACGACGGUUCUGUUAGCUACUAUCAUCGGUCAAGCUCGGUAUUUCACUCACAUUGCUCGGACCCACCUGGCUCCACCGAUUCUAGCCGUGAUCCACGAGAAACGCGGAACACCCGUGAAUGCCACCGUCAUCAUGACAUUAGCAAACUGCCUAGUCGCAUUCUUCACAAAUCUCGACCUACUUGCCAACCUUCUUUCAAUCUCCACACUCUUCAUUUUCUCACUAGUGGCUCUCGCUUUACUAGUGAGACGAUACUACUCAACAGGAGAAACAUCGGUUUCUGACCGAAACAAGCUGAUUGUGCUGCUGUUUUUGAUUAUUUCCUCGGCUAUUGGCCUCUCAGUUCUUUGGGCGAUGAAUGUGAAUCUUUGGGUUGGGUAUGCGAUUAUGGUAGGCGUUUGGUUUUUAUCGACACUUGGUCUUCAACUGUUGGUGAAACAAGCUAGAAGCCCGAAACUGUGGGGAGUGCCAAUGGUUCCAUGGUUGCCAUCAGCUAGCAUUGUUGUUAAUGUGUUCAUUAUGGGCUCGAUCGAUGGUGCUUCGUUCUUGCGGUUCUUGGGUUGGACCGGUGUGCUGCUUGUGUACUACUUUUUUAUUGGAUUGCAUGCUUCCUAUGAUGCAUCAAAGGAUGAUCUAAGGACUGAGAUUCAUGGUGUGAGUUCUGAAGCCGUGGAUUUGAAGACAAUAAGUGCUACUAGCUAGCAAAUGAAAUAGCUUCGGUAAACCUUUAUUGAUUUUUCUAGAUAGUUAAGUUUACAUAGUAUCUAUGUCAACCACUGGCCGCCAUUACCACCGCCAUUGGUUCUAUGUUUUAUCAACUAUCAACCACCGUAAGGUGGCCUUUGAACACAACAUUUUUGUACGUCGUUUUUUUUUUAAUUUUAUUUGACAACAAUCUUUGAGUACCCA